CUUCCUUCUCGCUAUUCUUGAUGGUUUUGAUGGUUUUUCGCUUCCCCUCCACCCUAAAAUCGGCUCUGCUGUCGGUCCACCACCACCGCGCGCGGCGGUGUGUCUUGUUCUUCGCACAUGUUCUUCUGUUUCUCUGGAGAGAAAAGAGAGCGUUCUUCCUUAGUCAAAACAGAGGUACCCUCUCUUCAGAGGCCUUGAAACGGCGCCAUUUUUCUCCCUUAGUCUUCUCUCCUCUUCUCUCGGUUUCGCGAAACCGCAGAGACACCGGCGCUCGUGUUCGAGGCCAAUCUGCUUGAAGGAGCCGCCCAGAGUAGGUUUUCCCGCUGGCGACUCCUUCCUUCUGUUUUUCCUCUCUUCCUCCCUCCUGGGGUACGUCUCUCUGCUGUGCACAGUGUCUUCUUCACCUUUGGCUGCCUACUCGACCUUCCUCCACUCAGUCUCCUCAUCCCGUCACACCGCCUGUCUCCCUCCGUUUCGUUUCCUGGCGUUCUGCCUGCUCCGAAAAAGGACCUCGAUUUCCUUUCAAAGUGCAGAUUUCUACGCUUUCCUCUCCUCCCUGCCCGCCGAGAAAAUCGAUUCUCCACGGUUGUCCUUUUGCCUCUCCCUCCACCUCAAAACACCGUCCUGACCUCUCGCCUUUCAAGUCGUUUCGGCCUUCCUCGUCGCCGCAGUCUCUACACUUCUCUCCUUUCCGUUCUUCUGUCUCUGCACUCGCGGCGUUUGUCGUGGACGACCGUUGCGAACUUUCUUCGAGCGCAGAACUCCAGAAUCUGUUCAGUCUCUGUGGGUCACAGACACGCGCCUUACGCUGCGAGUGGAGAAGGUCUCCCUGAUGUCUCCUUCCUUCUCCCGCCCCGCCUUUCCCUCUUCGUCCGUCGUCUGCCUUCUCCCUGUUUUUGCUCUCUCCUUCCUCGUUUUCCGGUAUUUUUCACUUUCUUCUGUUUCCUAGUCCCCGUCUCGUUUCUUCCUUUUGCCCGACUUCUUCUCAGCGAACUGCGAGAAGGCAAAUCCUUUACCACGGGCACCACCAGACGAGAGAGAGAGACACGAUUGUCUUUCUUUUGCUGGCCGCUUCCUCCUGCUCUCUCCUCCUCUCUCCUCCUCCUCUCUGUACCUCUCCGCCUCCACACUCCUCGACAGGAUGACAGCGACGCGCGCGUGCUAUCUUCCUUCUUCCUCCUCCUCCUCUUCGUCUUCUUCUUCCUCUUCCUCUUCUUCCUCCUCGUCUUCUUCCUUUGCGUCAGCUGAAGAGAGAAUGCCGCCUGCCAUGGGAGUUGCGCGCGCAAUGGGAGGGCCGCAGGGCGUGGUGGAUCUCGAGGCAGGCUGGGCGAUGCUGCGAGACUGCGCCAUUCGUCGACUGGAGCAUUUCUUGAGGACCGGCGAGGCUCUCGGCAGACGAAAGGACGGCAAACUCUGCAUCUUCACAAGAAAAGAGUACUCCGACAUGUAUACGACAGUUUAUAACAUGUGUACGCAACGGUACCCGAACAACUGGUCUGCCCAGCUCUAUCAGCGCUACGGAGAGGCGCUAGCUUCGUAUGUUAAUCGCGAGGUAGUCCCCCGCCUCGAGGGCUUGACAGAGGAAGAGCUUCUCCGCGAGUUGCUGCAUCGGUGGAAAAACCACAAAAUUUACGUCAGUUGGCUGGAGCGAUUCUUCGUCUACCUGGAUCGAUACUACGUUAAGCUUCAGUCUGAGGAGCCCCUCCAUCACAAGGGCAUUCUAAUCUUCAAGGAACUCGUUUUCAAUCGCGUGCGUAUCCCUCUGAGAGAAGCGAUUCUGCGCGCGAUUCAGAGACAGAGAGAAGGAGAGAGAGUGGAUGAAGAGCUGCUAGGAGACGUUGUCUUCAUGUACAUCGGCUUAGACGCGAAUGGCCUGUCUCUGUACCAGCGAGAGCUGGAAGAUUAUCUCUUGCCUGAAUCGAGAGAUUACUACGCCCGCGUGUCUGCCUCUUGGGUGGUGAACCUGUCCUUCACAGACUACAUGCACCACGCACAGGAAGCUCUGCUGGCGGAACAGAAUCGAUGCGCCAUGAUUCUGCAUAGAUCGACGAAGCUGAAGCUCCAGGCGGUGGUCUUCGAUGCGCUUCUCUCGGCGCGACAAGAUCAACUUCUGGAGAAAAACACUGCCAUCGAAUUUCUCCUCGCUCGAGACAGGAGACAGGAGCUCAGACUCGCGCACAGACUCUUCACCUACGUCGACGGCGGCGUCGAAGCAAUCGCCCUGACAUUCAAAAACUUCGUCACCAGCCAAGGAAACAAAAUCGUCGACCAACGCCUCGCACAACUCGAGCCGGCUUCUUCUCCUCCCUCUGCCUCGCCGCCGGCUUCGCCGUCUCCUGCGUCGCGGCCUUCCGGUUCUGCGUCGAUUGCGGAGGCGCAGCAGACUGACGCGGCUUUCGUUCAGCAGCUCCUGGAUCUGCAUGAACGGUCGAAGAAGGUUCUCGAAGAGUGCUUUCUUCUCUCUUCGCCGGCCUCUUCUUCGCGCUCUCUGCUCGGCGUCUCCCCACAACAAAAGCUCUUUCGCCCAUGCGAGGAGACACCAUGGAGCGAUGCCGGCAGGGACAGCGGGGCGCUCUCGAGUGCGCCUGACCCGCUCUUCCAGAAAUCUCUCAAAGAAGCGUUUGAACACUUUGUAAAUCGCGACAUGGGCCGACAAAGUUUCGCUCACCUGCUGGCGAUUUUCUGCGACCGCCUCCUGAAGAAAACAAGCGAGAAGAGAAGUGAAGAACAAAUCGAGAGCAUGCUUGUCCGGGUCGUCGAAAUGUUCAACUAUGUCACCGAAAAAGAUGUUUUCGCCGAAUGUUACCGCUCGCAACUCGCUCGACGUCUGCUGCACGAGACGUCUGCGAGCGAGGACUUGGAGAAAAGCGUCAUUGGAAAAUUGAAGCUCAAGUGCGGUGCCCACUUCACCUCGAAGCUGGAGGGGAUGCUCCACGACCUGAAUGGAGCUGCAGACACCUACCGCAAGUUCCUCGCGUGGAUUUCCGAGGAGAAGCAGAAAAGGCCAGCAGAGGCGGAAGCUGGCGAGGCACAGGCUUCCGUCUCUGGAGAAAACGAAGAGAAAACUGUCGAAAAGCUCCUCGAAAGAGUGUCUGUCUCCAGCGCAAGCGCUCACAUGCAAACCGGCGCCACAGGUCACGGAGUCGCCUUCGUCGACGGCAUCGAAUUCUCCGUCCAAAUCCUCACCACCGGAUACUGGCCUACCUAUCCAACGGCCCCGGUCAACCUUCCCGCCUCCAUGCAGCUUUGUCAGACCGUCUUCGAAAAGUUUUACGCAAGUCAGACUCAGCACCGGCGGGUCACGUGGAUCCCAGCUUUAGGGACGGCGUCUGUGAGCGCAAUGUUUCAGAAGAGACAUGACUUUAUCUGCAACACAUACCAAGCUUGUGUCUUGCUGCUUUUCAACUGGGAGUCGGCGCACCAGCGAUCCGAGGCCGAGCAAAAUGGCCCUCGAGUAGAUCCUCAACUCUCUCUGUCGACCAUCACCGCCGCUCUUGGCCUCGACGACGCGACGGCGAAGAAAAUGCUCGCGAGCUUCUUCCUUGGCAGAUUCAAAAUCAUCAAAAAGCUGAGUGAUGAUGCGUACGCGGUGAACUCGGGGUUUACCUGCCUCAACCGAAAGAUCAAAAUACCUACUCCCGUUCAAGAGGAAGUCCAAUCGCGAGAACGCGUCGAAGAGGAUCGAUCCAUCGCUAUUGAGGCGGCAAUAGUGAGAAUUAUGAAGGCGAGGAAGACAAUGCAACACCAGCAGCUCUUGGCAGAAGUUCUGAGUCAGCUGAGUUUCUUCAAGCCGAAUCCGAAACUGAUAAAGAAGCGCCUGGAGCAUUUGAUCGAACGCGAAUUCUUGGAGAGAGACGCAGAAAACACCAAUCUGUAUCGAUACGUCGCCUAGGUCCCCACACGCAACUGAAAAGGUUGAGGAAGGGGAGGACAUCGACAAGAGGUCGAAGGCAAAGAGAGCAUUCGAUGCAGACAGGUCUUUCUCGCGUAUAGAACGGCACCGCAGGAGGAACGUCAGAACAAGAUGGAGAGACAAACGCGCAUGUCAGACUGAGAGAGCGAGAUCGGUGAAACUCGGAUCUGGUCUUCGUCUUUGUCGAAAAGAGAGACGUAUCUUUACCUCUUCGAGUCGUGAAUCUCCCUCUCUCCUUUCACUUUUUUUCGUGUCUCAGUGCCUUCGUUCUCUUUUCCUUCUGUGCCUUUUCUCUUCCAUUUCCUCAUAUCCGUCAACAGAGACACAACUAAGAAGGCAGUUUGUUUCCGCCCAUCCGCUGAACAUGAGAGACGGAGUGCUGC